AUGUGGGAAGCUGUCCCAGCACUGUUUGAUGAGCGGCGUGUAGACCUGCACCUGAGCCAAACCUUCGAACUUUGGGCCGCUGAAGCAGACCGUGUGAACUUAACCACUACGCCACCAGAUUUAUCAAACAUAUAUAAGAUAAGCAGCAGUGUAAGCAGCAUUUUUUUAGGAAACUGGUUAUGGAAAGUAUAUCAUGUUCCUAAAAGGCGUCAGCUGGAGUUGAUGCUACCUGAUUUUCUAACUACCUGGGAAAUUCAAGGUAUUGGCAUUUCAAAUAAAGGUCUGUGUGUUGCUGAUGUACUGCAGUUGCAGGUGUACAAAGACCAUUUCCUGGCCAUAAACAACAAUGUUCCAAGAGUCGAUUAAAAGGGACAGUUGCCAACAUCAAAACUGCAGGAACUUAACCCUCGACUCAGAAACAAUGGUUGGAGCUCCAGCAGCCACCUUGAACCAGGAGGUAACACUGAAGAUGGAAGCUAGAUGCUAGCAUGGUGGAACAGAAAGAUAAUGGCCCCUGCCUCUGAUGACAUGUGGAGCUGCUAUUCCAGCCUUGGACUUUUAUGUAAGAAAGAAAUAAACAUUUGUCUCAUGUA